AUGGCUUUAAUGGAAAGAACUCCAGGCAGAUGGCCACGUCCUGUUUGGCAUGCUCCUUGGAAGAUGUACAGGGUCAUUAGCGGCCACUUGGGAUGGGUACGAUCCAUUGCCUUUGAUCCAAGCAACAAAUGGUUCUGCACCGGCUCUGCAGAUCGCACGAUCAAGAUAUGGGAUGUAGGAACCGGAACCUUACAGCUCUCACUGACAGGACACAUUGAACAAGUACGAGGACUUGCUGUUAGCAGCAGGCACACCUACAUGUUCUCUGCCGGCGAUGACAAGCUAAUUAAAUGCUGGGACCUCGAACAGAACAAGGUUGUCCGUUCAUAUCAUGGUCAUCUGAGCGGUGUUUACUGCUUGGCGGUUCAUCCCACGCUUGAUAUUUUACUCACCGGUGGACGCGAUUCUGUGUGCCGGGUUUGGGAUAUUCGAAGCAAGGUGCAAGUUGCGUUGUCGGGGCAUGACGACACAGUUUGCUCAGUUUUUACUCGACCGACAGAUCCACAAGUUGUCACUGGCUCUCAUGACUCAACCAUCAAGCUCUGGGACUUGAGGUAUGGGAAAACAAUGUCAACGCUUACACACCAUAAGAAAUCUGUGCGUGCAAUGGGGCAGCAUCCUAAAGAUAUCAAUUCUUUCGCAUCUGUAUCCGCUGACAACGUGAAGAAGUUCAACCUUCCGAACGGCGAAUUUUUGCACAACAUGCUGUCUCAGCAGAAAACUGUAGUUAAUGCAAUGGCUGUGAAUCGGGAUGGUGUCAUGGCAACUGGAGGUGACAAUGGGAGUGUGUGGUUUUGGGAUUGGAAGAGCGGUCAUAAUUUUCAGCAAUCGCAAACAAUUGCGCAGCCUGGCUCGCUGGAUGGUGAAGCUGCCGUAUAUGCUCUUUCCUAUGAUAUAACUGGUACAAGGCUGGUCACUUGCGGAGCUGAUAAGACGAUCAAAAUGUGGAAAAAGGACCAAAAUGCCACUCCAGAAACCCAUCCUCUCAAUUUCAAGCCUCCUAAAGAUAUUCGACGGUUCUAG